UCCGAACAGCGACCUCAGGCGCACCGGGGCGCGUAAAGACGCACCAAGACGCAUCCAUGGCGCUGUCAAAUGUCCUCGAAACUCCGGCGGCUGGGUUUAAUUUUGACAACACUGCAAGAAAUGCAGCACUAGAGGGUCUUUUUGAUGGGGGACUAACACCAAAACCUCUAAAAACAGGCACAACCAUCGCAGGAGUGGUGUACAAGGAUGGAGUCGUGCUGGGAGCCGACACAAGAGCCACCUCCAGUGAAGUUGUGGCUGACAAGAUGUGUGCAAAGAUCCAUUUCAUUUCUCCUAAUAUUUAUUGUUGUGGAGCAGGAACAGCAGCAGACACAGAGAAAACCACAGAUAUUCUCUCAUCCAACCUCAGCAUCUUCUCCCUGAACAGCGGCAGGAAUCCUCGUGUCGUCAUGGCUGUGAACAUCUUACAGGAGAUGCUGUACAGGUAUCACGGUCAGAUUGGUGCUAAUCUGAUACUGGGAGGAGUGGACUGUACUGGGAACCACCUGUACACAGUGGGCCCAUAUGGGAGUGUUGAUAAGGUGCCUUAUCUAGCGAUGGGAUCUGGUGGUCUUGCUGCUCUUGGGAUUUUAGAAGAUGGCUUCAGACAUGAUCUGGAGCUGGAGAAGGCGAAGGAGCUGGUGCGAGCUGCCAUCCACGCCGGCAUCAUGAGCGACCUCGGCUCAGGAAACAACAUCGACAUCUGCGUCAUCACCAGAGGCGGAGUGGACUACAGCAGACCCUUCCAGGAGUCAGACUUCAGAGAUGACAGGAAAAUGAAAUACAAGUAUCGUCCAGGAACAACAGCAGUCCUGACAGAGAAGGUUGUUCCCUUAAAGCUGGAGGUUGUCCAGGAAACCGUCCAGAAGAUGGAAACGGUGUGAUCCAGAACCAGAAAACCACCAGAACUCUUAAGUCCUAAUUUCAUUUAACACCAAGUUAGAUUAUUAACAAGAUGAAGGAACAUCAAAACUUAAAAAGAACCCCAGCGUCAUGUUUGUUUUUGCUUUCCUGUGAUGUUGAAUAACUCAGACGCUGUAAUACUGAUGAGGUUUAAAAAUGGAAAAAUCCUAAUAAACUUUGUUUAAAUUA